AUGGGGGAAGGGGAGGGAGGCGUGAGGAGGAGGGAGGAGGGGGGAGAUAUUGAGACUUCCUCAGAUAACGAGAGAAGUAGCCAGCUCUCCUGUAUAGACCAAGUGAUCCGUAAAACAUAUUGCGUGAAAUCAGCUUCAAGUAUGAGUAUAAUGUAUCUAAUGAAACACAAGUCAAACAUCGCUAAACAGUUGUGGGCCGCGUGUCGUGUGUCGCGGCGGCUCGUGCCGUGUCCGCGCCGCGUCCGUGCCGCGCACGUGCCGCACUCUAAUUGGCCUCGUAACCGACGAUUUGAUGCAAAUGUAUCGAGUUACAGUUUAACUAUUGAUUAG